AAAUAAUCUAAAAUUUUCAGGGGCACUUGUCCUUGGCUGGGAAAGAUGAUUAGUUGUAUUGAUUUACAUUGUACACAGCGCAGUAGAGUGCACUAUUUGAUCUAAAGUAAAUAGACAUCAUUCGACAAAUUGAUUACAAUGUCUCUUAUUAUCAACUACUCCUUCCUUUCAUUAACAUGUGCCUUUCAAAUAGAUUCUAGUGUCAUACAAGCACAUCCAUUACGCUUUCUCUCUCUAUUGCCGCAAAGUAUACUCCGAUAUUUUUGUCUUAGUAACGUUUUUUUGUCAAUGUGUGCAUUACUGCCUAUCACGUGUAACUUAUCGUCUGGUCAUGGACACAACAAGUCUAUUUCAGUCAUCCAAGCCAUAUCUAUGUGUGUAUGUGUACUUAUUCUUUUCUAUAAACACAACAGUAUGUAUAAUAUACUUGCGCCUGUAAAAUUUUUUUUACAAUAGUUCUUUUAUAAAGUGAAGACAACGGGACAUCCCGGGCUUGUGACGUCGAAAGUGUCUUGUUUUCCGCUGUUACCCGCUUUUUGUUUGGUCGAU